AUGUCAUGUCGACAUUAUGUUCCAGGCGAAGCAAAUUGACUGGGUUUUUCUCCUUCUCCAUUCAGUUUUUCUCUCCGUUCAUAUCCCAGAAUGUCACCAUUGUGUCUUCACUUCACUUUGAUAUACUGAUAUACAUACUCCUUACCAUAUAUACCCAUGCGUAAUAUAAUCCAUAUCUACGCCAUUAUUGCCGCAUCACUGCAACAAACCAUUAUAUAUAUACACACAUGGAGAGUAAUUAAUUCAUUUAAUCUCUUCAUAGAUCUCUAAAAUAUUCUCUUCAAUUCCCUUUUCCUUUAUUUUUCCACCGACCCCUGAAGUACCCACUGGAAUCACUAAAGUACACCUCUGAUUCUCUGAACUAUUAUAUAAGUCUGUUGUUAUUACUAGGUUGUUGAAUUGCCUGCCAAACAUGAAGAAGACAAUACAGAAAUGUUGGGUUGUUUUGGUUGGGGUGUUAUUGUUGCUUUUGGUUCCCAGUUUUGUGGCGGCGGAAUGCGAAAAAGACGAUGAUGGUGCGGUUCACAACAAGAAGUUAGCGCUCAAGUAUAAACUUGGGGCUAUAGCGUCUAUCUUGGUGGCUAGUGCAAUUGGAGUUUUGUUGCCGGUUCUGGGUAAGAAGAUUUCGGCCUUGAGCCCCGAGGGGAGUUUUUUCUUUAUGAUCAAGGCGUUUGCUGCCGGCGUGAUAUUGGCCACCGGGUUUAUUCAUGUGUUACCUGACGCCUUUGAGAGCCUGACGUCGGAGGCGCUCGCGUGCCACCCGUGGGGAGAUUUUCCGUUCGGUGGGUUUGUGGCCAUGGUGGCGGCGAUAGGGACGCUCAUGGUGGACUCGUUCGCCACGUCUUAUUUUUCCGGGAGGGCCGGCGAGAAAGUGACCGCCGGUCAUGAGGGCGAUGCCGAGGUUGGACCGGGAGUGGUUCCGGUUCACACACAUGCAACGCACGGCCAUGCCCACGGUCAUGUUAAUGUUACCGACAUGGAUUCUUCUUCCCAACUUCUUCGACACCGAGUUAUUUCACAGGUGUUGGAGUUGGGAAUUAUAGUGCACUCUGUUAUCAUUGGAAUUGCUUUGGGUGCUUCGGACACACCCAAAACAGUUAAGCCACUGGUGGCGGCUUUGACUUUCCAUCAAUUCUUUGAAGGCAUGGGGCUGGGUGGGUGCAUUGCCCAGGCAAAGUUCAAGUCACAGGCAGUGGCAAUUAUGGCGCUGUUUUUCUCCCUCACAACUCCGAUCGGAAUUGUGAUCGGAAUAGGAAUAACAAAUGUAUACGACGAGGAUAGCCCCAAAGCUUUGAUCAUACAGGGUAUAUUUAACUCUGCUUCCGCCGGAAUCCUGAUCUAUAUGGCUCUGGUAGAUCUGCUCGCCGCCGAUUUCAUGAGCCCAAAAAUGCACAAGAAUCCCAAGCUGCAAUUUGGGGCUAAUGCUUCACUUCUUCUUGGGGCUGGUUUGAUGUCUAUGUUGGCCAAGUGGGCUUGAUCGCCCAUCUUGUUUUUAAAUCAUCAAACAUAUGCUAAAUUAAAGCCUCGAUUUUAUAGCCGUGCUCAGAUAGCAUGUAGUGGCUAAAAAAAGCCUUAAUUUUAUAAGGAGAUAAUGAAUUUUGAUACUAAUUGUCUAGUUGUAUAUAUAUAUUUGACGGUUUAUUUUAUAGUCUAUAGUAUUAGUCUUACACGUUCAAAUUAA